AUGGCUUUAUCUCUUUAUUAUGAUGAAGAUGAUGACGAAAAUGAAAAUGAAAACAAAGAUAAACCAAAUAAUGAUUUUAAAAAUCAACAACAAAUAAAUACAUCAAAAACCACUAAUAAUAAUAAUAAUAUUAAUAAUAAAAAUAAUUAUAAUAAUAAAUUCAAUGAUGAUGAUAUAUUUAAUAAUGAUAAAAUUAUAACCAAACCAAGAGUAACAACAACAACAACAACUACCAAAAAUACAUCAACCAAUUCAAAUAUAAAUAAAACCAAAUUUAAUGAUGAUGAUAUAUUUGAUGAUGAAGAUGAAGAUAGUAAUAGUAAUAAAACAACAACAACAACAACAACAACAACAACAACAACAGAUACAAUAAUAACAAAUGAUUAUAGAUAUCAAAAAACAGUACCAUUUUCAUCAUUUUGUGAUUUAAUGAAUAGAAUUAUUAAUGAUACAAAGAUUAGUAAUAAAAAGAAUUAUUUAGAGAAAUUUAUGAAUCAUUAUAAAGAUGAACCAAAUAAUUUUUAUCAAUUACUUAGAUUAAUAUUACCACAAUUGGAUAAAGAUAGAAAUAGUUAUGGAUUAAAAGAGAAAACAUUGGCAAGAUUAUAUGUUGAACUAUUGAAUAUAUCACCGGAAAGUGUUGACGCAAUGAGGUUAUUAAAUUGGAAGAAAUCAACCAAUGAUGAAAUUGGUGGUGAUUUCGGUACUGCUGUUUAUUUAUCGUUAAAGAAUAGAUGUAAUAAUGAUAAUGGUAGAAUUAAAGUCUCAAUGGGUGAUAUCAAUGAAUCGCUAGAUCAACUAAGUCAACCAUUAACAGAUAAGAAAACAAAAGUUUCAAUCUUAAAAAAAGUAUUACGAUCAACCACAGCACAAGAACAAAAGUGGUUUGUACGUAUCAUUCUAAAAGAGAUGAAAAAUGGACUCUCUGAUAACAUCACUUUAAAAUUCUUUCAUCCUGAUGCAAUCGACCAUUUUAAUAUAACUUCAAAUUUAAGAUUAGUAUGUACAAAUUUAUUUUAUAUGACACAAUCAAAACAAAAAGAAUUAAAAGAUAAACAAAAACUUGAAGAAAAAGAAAACCUUUUAAAACAACAACAACAACAACAAAAUGAUUUAGAUAUUUAUAAAUUAGAAAUUAAAUUAUUUAAUCCAAUAAAGCCAAUGUUGGCAAAUAGACAAAGUAUUGAUAAUUUAUCAAUGAUAUUGAAUAGUGCAAUUUCGGCAACACAAUUUGUGGUUGAAAAGAAAUUUGAUGGUGAAAGAAUUCAAAUUCAUAAAGAUGGUGAACAGGUUAAAUACUUUUCAAGGAAUAGUAAUGAUUCAACCGGUAUAUAUGGCUCAAUGUUUACACCAAUUGUUAAGGAGUGUGUUUUGGCCGAGAGAUGUAUAUUGGAUGGUGAGUUGAUUGUAUGGGAUUCCAUAUCACAACGAUUUGAAGAUUUUGGUAAUUUAAAAACAUUGGCAUUGAAUAAGGAUGGUAUUUCAGGUAGUGGUGAUCCGUUGGGUAUAAAUUAUGGCAAACAACUUUGUUUCAUUGCAUUUGAUAUUCUAUUUGUAAAAGAUCAAAGUGUGAUGAACUUACCAUUAAUGCAAAGAUUAAUGCUAUUAAAACGUUGUGUAACAAUAAAAUCAAAACAAUUUGAAAUCUCUGAACAGACAACUGUGAAUUCAAUUUCCCAAAUCAUUAGUUUACUAGAGAGUGCGAUCAUCAAUCGUGAAGAAGGUUUAAUGUUAAAGAAUUUACAUUCCCUCUAUGUACCUGCUGAAAGAAAAGAUAAAUGGGUGAAAAUUAAACCAGAGUAUAUAGAUGGCAUGGGUAAUGGUGCCGAUGAUUUGGAUUUGGUUAUUAUUGGUGGCUACUAUGGCAGUGGUUUGAAUAGAAGGGGUGGCACAAUCUCCCAUUUCAUGUUGGGUGUACCUUUUAUAGCAGAUUCCACCGACACUGACAUUGAUGAUGAAUCAACAUUUGAUAAGAAUGUUAUAUUCUAUUCAUUUUGUAAAGUUGGUUCAGGCUAUACCGAUAUACAAUUGAAAUCCCUACAAAAGGAUUUAGACCCACAUUGGAAUAACUUCAGUACAAGUAAACCACCAUCAAUAAUUCAAUUGGCUGAACCAUUCAAAGAGAAACCUGACGUUUGGAUUGAUCCAAGAGUUUAUUCAAAAGUACUUCAAAUUAAGGCAUCCCAAAUCGUUGUAACUGAUAAAUACAAAUGUGGCUACACUCUUAGAUUCCCAAGAGUAUUAAAAAUUAGAGAUGAUAAAGGUUGGAAAGAUUGUUGUAGUCAUGAAGAAAUCAUUGACCUCUUUACAAACUAUUCAACAAAUUUAAAUUUUAAAAGAGAUCAUGAAUAUGGUGAUGGCAGUGGUGGGAAAAAUAAAAAAUUAAAGAAAUCAAAGAAAACUACAAACCAACUAUUAGCCGAUAGUGGGUUAAAAGUAUUAUCAAUAUUUCAAGAUACUGACACAAGUGGUAUUAUACCAACUCAAAAUAUAUUUCAAGGUAUUGAAAUUUGUGUUAUUAAAGGUAGUAGUGGGGAAUACACAAAAUCAAAAUUAGAAAUUAUGAUUGUUGAAAUGGGUGGUUCAAAAGUUCAAUAUCCAUCAAGAAACACAAAUUAUGUAAUCUCUUCAAAAGAGGUUGUAAAAAUUCAAAAUUUAAUUCAAUCUGGUUUCAUUGAUAUCGUAUCUUUUAAUUGGAUUGUAGAUUGUUAUAAUGAAAAAAGGUUAGUCCCAUUAGGUCCUAAAUAUAUGAUUUUCUCAACUGAAUCAACAAAGAAAAGAUUUCUUUUAGAUUCUGACCAAUUUGGUGAUUCCUAUAUAAACGAAACUACUGAACAAUCUUUAAAAGAUUCUUUUAAUCAAAUUGAUAAAUUAAAAUUAAAAAAACAAUUAUCAAUCAAUUCUACUACUACUACUACCACUACUUCUAUUUCAAAAUAUUUUUCAAAUUGUUGGUGGUCAUUAUUUAAAGAAUUUACAUUUUAUUUAGAUUUAUAUCAAGUUGUUGGUGAGAAGUCAACAUUAAUUGAAAAUAAUAAUUUAGAAUUAUCAAAUUUAAAUAUUCAAUUUUAUGGUGGUAAAAUUUCAAUAGAAUUUAAUAAUAAAAUCACUCAUGUUGUUUUAGAUUCUUUAGAUUUAUCAAGAAUUACUUUUAUUAAAAAUAAAAUCAAUUCAUUAUCAUUACCAAUUCAAAUUGUUACUACAAAUUGGAUUCAACUUUCAAUUAAUAAUUAUUCAAUUCAACCAAUUUUAGAAAUUUUAGAUUAA